AUGAAGUGUCGCCUCGAAUUGAAUUUCCUGCUACUGCUGAUGUGGGGCAUAUCAGGCAUUUGGCUGCUGCCCAGUCCCAACUUGGCGUCAGAAUUCAAUGCAAUGUUUCUGGCGCAAGUGUUUCGAAAUGUAAACGCCAGCGUUGAGCCUUGCCAGGAUUUCUAUGGUUAUGCCUGUGGCAAUUGGAGUGCAAACUACAACGACAUUCAAAGCUACCUGGAUAUGCCCGGCUAUAUGGAUUACAAAUUUAAUAAACAGUUGCUGAGUGCCUUGGAAGCGCAAAGCUCUGAAGGCGGCAUCUAUGAUCAGCUAUGGGCGUACUAUGUGGCUUGUCGGGAUCUGGCUCAGCCGGCACUAAAUGAACUGCUGCAUUUGCUCGAGCCCCAGCUCGGUCUGGAAUGGCCCAUCUUUCGGAGUAAUCAGAGCGAAAUGUGGCGCAACGCUACACAAUUUGAUUGGCUCGCCACGCUGGCCAAGCUGCGCGUCUAUGGACUCAAUGGUGUCUUUAUCAAACAGGAUGUGAAUGUGCGACGCGAGAAUGGAACGCAUUAUGUGAUUCUUUUUGCGCCGCAGCCCGCCGACGCAACGCCGCUAACUGAACAGGAGGUACAAGAUUUGUACGUAGCCUUUGGACUGGAUGAACCGCUGUCCAAGAAUCUUACUGCCAGACUAAUGCAGCUGGAGUGGCGACUGGGCAAUAUGACGCGCCAAGCAGCAGAUCAGUCUACAGACAGCCUGCCCGAGUGGACAUUGCCACAGCUGCAGCAACGGCUGCCCCAAAUCAAUUGGCGCCACUAUUUGGCAGAGCUGCUGGAGAGGCCAGCGGAUGCAGUGCAGUUGCUCCAAGUGUCUGCGCUGAAUGCCAGCUAUCUGGAGCAGCUGCAACUAAUACUUGGAGAGAGCUCCAAUGAAACUAUCUGUUAUUAUCUCAUGUUCAAGCUGCUCUAUAUGCUCAACGAGGAGCUGCCGCCCAGUGGCCCAAGCGAUACGCGUUCCAUGGCCUGCGUGCUGCAGCUGCGCGGCCACAUGCCACUUGCCAUGAACUACCUGUACGAGCAGCACUACUAUAAGGAACGACGUGAGCAAACUGAUGCGGCGCUGCAGCGACUGCAGCAGAAGCUACGCAAGGAAUUUGAGCAACUACUAAUUGAGAAUCAUUUACAGCUGGAUGAGCUGGAACAGGCCUAUGUGCUGGAGGAGUUGCGUAGCCUGCGCCUCAAGAUAGGCAAUAUACCUCCAGGCUUAACAAUGGACCAGCUGACAAUGUACUACCAGAAUUUACAGUUGCUGCCAAAUGACUUCUAUGGCAACAAGUUGCAGCUACUGCGUUUUUAUCAACGCCUCGAGCAGCAGUUGCUGGCCAAUAGGCCAGGUGUCUGGCCAGUACAUGACUACUAUCAGCAGGAUGCUGUGGUGGCACGGAGCUCCUCGCCGGUGAAAAUAUUCCAAAAUGCCGUGCUGCUGCCACACGGGUAUUUGCAACUGCCGCUUUACGAUGCCCGCCUCUCAGAGAUGCUGCAACAUGCCCAGCUAGGUUUCAUACUGGCGCACGAGCUACAACAUGCCUUUGACCUAUUUCACAUUGUGUACGAUGCCCGAGGCAACUACAAUCAGACUGGGUUGGCGUUGCUGCAGCAUUUCGCUAACUUCACCAGCUGCUAUACCAGGCAAAAUGCCCAGCAGCUGCUGCUCUCCGAAAGCAUGUCGGACAUUGUGGGUCUGCGUUUGGCCUUCGCCUCCUACUUUAAUCAUGUGCAACCAGCUGACCGCCCCCCAGUUGGCAAUUAUACGCAGGAGCAGCUCUUUUUUAUCAACUCCGUGCAGUUUUUGUGCGCCAACAUGCAAAAAAUUGCGACCAUGACCACCAUGGAGGAUACGGAACACGGACUGCAUAAUGAGCGAGUCAAUCGCAAUUGGCCGCAUCACGAGGAAUUUGCCAAGGCUUUCAACUGCACUGCGGGUCAGGCCAUGUACCAGGCGGAGCCGUGUCGCCUGUGGUGA